CUCUGUUUACGGACGAAGAGCUUCGAUAAAGCAUGAUCCACUGGAGCUGCCAUUCCAGCCUCUAACAAACCUGCAAGAAACAGUGGUGUCCUCAUGAUGGAAAGCCUUCUCCAGUUUCUGUUCUCACCCCUGCCCACCCCAGCCCUCGUUUCCCUCUUCAUCCUGGGGGGUGCCGCCCUCCUGUGGCUCAACUCCCGCCCAAAACCGGUCAGAUCCCCAGUCGACCUCAACCGGCAGACCAUGGGAAUCCAGGGUGGAGCCAGGAAAAGCGCCUUAAUGAAAGACAACAAUCUGAUGUCAUACUAUUACGACGAUGCGCGAACACUGUAUGAGGUUUUUCAGAGGGGUCUGCAUGUUUCAGGUAAUGGUCCCUGCUUGGGCUACAGGAAGCCAGGACAGCCCUACCAGUGGCUGAAGUACAAACAGGUAUCAGAUCGAGCACAGCACUUGGGCUCAGGGCUGCUGCACAGGGGUCUCUCUCCCUCCCCAGAUCAGUUCAUCGGCAUCUUUGCCCAGAACAGACCAGAGUGGAUCAUAUCAGAGCUGGCCUGCUACACAUACUCUAUGGUAGCUGUUCCACUCUAUGACACAUUGGGCCCCGAAGCACUGGUUUUCAUAAUUAACAGAGCUGACAUUUCUACGGUGCUGUGCGACAAACAGGAAAAGGCGGACAUACUCCUGAGUAACUGUGAAAAGGAACUCACGCCAGUGCUCAACACCAUCAUACUCAUGGACGCCUUUGACCCGGAUCUAAUCGACAGGGGGUCAAAGUGCGGGGUGGACAUCCUGUCCUUAAGGGAGGUGGAGACUCUGGGAAAAGACAACAAAAAAGAUCCCAUUCCUCCGAAGCCAGAGGACCUCAGCAUUGUGUGUUUCACCAGUGGGACUACAGGAGAUCCUAAGGGUGCCAUGCUGACACACGAGAAUGCGGUUUCAGAUGCAGCCAGUGUGCUUAAGAGCUUUGAUAGUGCCUAUACCCCAGUUCCCCAGGAUGUCUCCAUUUCUUUCCUGCCCCUGGCUCACAUGUUCGAGAGAGUUGUCCAGACAGUGAUGUACGGUGCCGGGGCCCGGGUUGGCUUUUUCCAAGGGGACAUCAGGCUCCUUUCUGAUGAUAUGAAGACAUUGCAGCCCACCAUUUUCCCUGUGGUUCCUCGCUUGCUCAACCGAGUGUACGACAAGGUUCAGAGUGGAGCCCAGACUCCGUUCAAAAAGUGGCUGCUCAAUUUUGCCAUUGAGAGGAAGCACUCAGAAGUGAAGGAGGGGAUAAUCCGAAACAACGGUAUCUGGGACAGGCUCAUCUUCCACAAAGUCCAGGAGUCUCUCGGAGGGCGGGUCCGUGUGAUGGUGACGGGGGCAGCACCCAUCUCCCCCUCUGUGCUCAGUUUCCUCAGGGCGUGCCUUGGAUGUCAGAUUUUUGAGGCAUAUGGCCAGACUGAGUGCACUGCUGCCUGCACCAUCAGUGCACCAGGAGACUGGACAUCUGGACAUGUUGGCAUUCCUCUUCAAUGUAACAUUGUAAAACUUGUCGACGUCGAAGAAAUGAACUAUUUUGCAGCAAACGGAGAAGGGGAGGUCUGCAUUAAGGGCAAAAACGUGUUCAGGGGAUACCUGAAAGACAAGGACAAGACUGCCGAGGCUCUGGAUGAAGACGGUUGGCUCCACACGGGAGACGUUGGGAAGUGGCUGCCGAGCGGGGUCCUGAAAAUCAUUGAUCGGAAGAAGAACAUCUUUAAACUGGCCCAGGGAGAGUACAUCGCCCCAGAGAAGAUUGAAAAUGUGUAUGUGAGGAGUGGGCCAGUGGCUCAGGUGUUUGUGCAUGGAGACAGCUUACAGGCUUGCCUGGUGGGUAUUGUAGUUCCUGACCAAGAAGUGCUUCCCAGUUUCGCUGCCAAAUUAGGAGUGGAGGGCUCUCUGGAGAAGCUCUGCAAUAAUCAGGAAGUAAAAAAGGCCAUACUCUCUGACCUAAUAAGACUGGGUAAGGAAGCUGGGCUGAAGUCCUUUGAGCAAGUCAAGGAUCUGCAUCUUCACCCGGAACAGUUCAGCAUCGAGAACGGCCUGCUGACGCCCACGCUGAAAGCCAAGAGGGCCGAUUUGGCCAAAUUCUUUCAACCCCAAAUCACCAGCCUCUACGCCAGCAUCCAGUGAUGCAUCUCGAGGAUGCCGUUUCGAUCUGCUGCUGGACUUAGGAGGCCUUUCACCCCUCUCAGAGAAACAUCUAUUUUUUUCCAUAAACAGAAUAAUCUCGAAGUAUGUAUACAGAUACAGGCAAAUUAUUGGGACAUUUGUGUCAAAUUGGUUGUUAUUUUCCCUGUACUAAUCAAAUUUUCAAAUUAAACAAUGACUAUGAGGCCAAAUUCACAAUGUCUGCAUUUAUUUCAUGCGGGUUUAUUUAAAGAGACAUUGAACUAUAUUGCAACAAUGCCGCUGGGGGGACUCUACUCAUUACAUAUAGUUCAAUGUCUGUUUAAAAAAACACACUAAAUAAAUUAUUGAAUAUUUAACUUGAUUAGCAAAACAACCAGUUUGACGCAACUGUCCCAAUACCUUUUCAUUUAACUGUAUAUUUUGUGUGAUGCAGGAGACUGAACUGGAAAGAGCCCUCUGUUCUGGGUUGAGCUUUUGGGGUCAAAAGAAAACUUCCCCAUUGGAUGAUGGACAGGAUAGACUACUAGGUGGAGAAAGGAGCUUCUCAUUGUAUGCCAACAGAUUUUGAUCUUCCCAAUUUAAGACAGAGAGAGGGAUAAUAUCUGUAUAAUCACCUGUAUAAUCACCAGUGUCUGUUGAAUGAUGCCAAUAACUCUCAUGCAACACCACAUUCCGUUUGUAAUAAUUUGCAUAAUUUUAAAAACAUAAAAAAGUACUAGAUUACUUGCCCAUUAAUCACUGCAUGUAGAUCCCAAGACUUGUCUGCUAAACCACCAGCACAGCAUUAAGUUCAUCAGGGCCUGUUGACUUUCCCUGAACAUGUUACCUUUUUUAUGUGGACAUUUCAAUAAAACUCCCUUUACCUGUAA